AGGUGGAACGGGCAGAAAGAAUUGUUGACAACAUCUAAUAAUCACUAUUGCUAAAAUGCACUUUUCACAUUGUAAUUAUACAGAAAUUCAUUUGCCUGUAUAAAAAAGUACAAAUCCGCAUUCACAUUGAUACCUUCUGCUAUCACCAUGUUAAAAAAAAAAAAAAUCUUUUCCUAACCUUCCCCCCUCGGGAGGCCUUUAAUCUGUGCAGCGGUGUCGCUGAUUAACCACGGCGACCGAUCAAUAAUUAACCCGAAGCUUCGAUAAAAAGGCCCACGCCCUCUCAUUUAGAUAGCACCGUGCCUGCCGCCGGCAAAGAAAAGGUCGAGAGGUGGAAUAGAGGUGCAAAAUGGUCUAGUCGGUGAGGCCUUUUUGGGAGGAGAAAAGUCACGGAUCAUGCAAAGUCGCAUUCGGUCCAAUUGGUAGAUGAGGCCAUUUGACAAAUAGCCCUCGUUCACUGCCGUGGAUGUUGCUUUUGUUAACAUGCGUGUUCAUAGUCAUCCUGCGCUUGUUCCCCCGCCUCCUCUGUGUGUUUCCCCCUACCUGGAGAGAGGGGAGGAGCGUCAGGUGACAGUAAAUGAUUCGGUGCCAGAGCAGAGGAGCUGCGGAGGCGGGCGGGCGGGAUUUUGGGCCGACGGACGGGCAAAAAAAAAAAGAAAAAAAGGAAGGACUGCUAAAGAGUCGAAGUCAAGAGGCAGCAAAGUUGAAAGUACAGCCGAGUCAUUUUGGGGAUCCGAACCCAUGCGGAUGACGUGAAGCCCUGGUGCCGACUGCCCAGCUGCCGUACAAGCCUGCAGCCAGCACUGCAGGGAUGGAGAAGCAAGUGGAAGUGGAAGUGGAGGAGCUGAGGCAGCAGCUGGAGAAGCAAUGCCUCAUCAACAAGGAGCUGCAGAGGCAAAAUAAAGAUUUGGAGCAACGCCUGCAGGAGAAGGAGAAACUUCUGCAAGAGCUCCACACUCAGUACCACGACCUCGAGUUUCCGCCUCCGAGCGGCGAUGAGAGCAAACCCGAGUUCAGGACCAGUCGCGCCGCCGUCAUCGCGUCCGAACCCAUCCCGGAGACGCUGGAGAUCAGGAAGUCCAGAGUCAAGAAAACGGACAGCGAGACCGGCCUGAUCGUCAAAGCCAUCCGCAAGAACGACUUCCUGAGCCGGCUGGACGACGAGCAAAUCGCCAUGAUGGUGGACCUCCUGGAGACCUCGGCCAUCAGCCGCGGCAGCGAGGUCAUCAAGGAAGGCACGGAGGGGGACAGCAUGUACAUCGUGGCAGCCGGCGAGCUUCUGGUCAGCCAAGCGGGCCGCGACCUCCGAACCCUAACCAGUGGCGACAUCUUCGGGGAGUUGGCCAUCCUGUACAACUGCAAACGAACGGCCACGGUUAAAGCAAAGACGGAGGUGCGUCUGUGGUCCAUGGAGAGACAGACGUACAGGACCAUCAUCACCAACAAAUCCAAGAAGAAACGAGAGCAACUCCUGGGCUUCCUGAAGACGUCUCGGACUCUGAAGGACCUGAACCAUGUCCAGUUGUCCAAAAUCAUCGACUCCAUGGAGGAGGUGAAGUACCAGAACAAAGAGGUCAUCGUGCGAGAGGGCGCCGAAGCCAACACCUUCUACAUUAUCCUCAAAGGAGAGGUCCUGGUGACCAAAAGCGUCAACGGGCUUCAGAAGCCCAUCCGACGGAUGGGGAAGGGCGAGCAUUUCGGGGAGCAGGCCCUCAUACGCGAAGUGUUGCGAACGGCCACCUGCACAGCCGACGGGCCCGUCACCUGCUUCUCCAUCGACAAAGAGGUGUUUGAGGAGACCAUCCCCGUCGAGCACUUGGAGCUUUUUGACGACUCCAAGAUGCUGCAGGAGGCGCAGGCUCCGCAAAAGUCCAGCCUCAACACCACUCUGAGGUUGAAGGACCUGGUGCCGGUCCUGUACCAGGAGGGCCGCUACCAAGGGGACCCGGUCACGCUGGGAGUCGGAGGCUUCGGCCGCGUGGAACUGGAGGAGCACAUGUUGUUUGAGAAGAAGAUCCUCAAGGCCGUCCAGUGCGACUUCAUCGUCAGACUUCACGCUGCCUUCAAAGACACGCGUUACAUCUACAUGGUGAUGGAGUUCUGCAGCGGCGGAGAAAUCUGGACCAAACUCAAAGAAGUAGGGCGUUUCGACGAGCAGAUUGCCGUCUUCUGCACGGCGUGCGUGGUGGAGGCCUACGCCUACCUCCACAAGAAGAGCAUCAUGUACAGAGACCUCAAGCCCGAGAACCUCAUGCUGGACGCGCGCGGCUACGUCAAACUGGUGGACUUUGGUUUUGCCCGAGAGUUGGUGAGCGGCGAGAAGUCCUACUCCUUUGUGGGGACUCCUGAAUACAUGGCCCCCGAGAUCAUCAAGAACCAGGGACACGACUUUGCCGUUGACUUCUGGUCGCUGGGCAUCCUCAUCUACGAGCUGCUGGUGGGAAGUCCUCCCUUUUCGAGCUCGGAGCCUCAGAAUAUUUACGCCAAGAUCUUGGACGGCGUGCUCACGUAUCCUCCCUACCUAAGCGAGGCGGCCAAGUCCAUCAUCAGUAAGCUGUGCAGACCGCGACCCGGCCAGAGGUUGGGAAACACCAAGAAUGGCAUUAAAGAUGUCCGACAUCACAGGUGGUUCGGCAACAUGAACUGGCACAAGCUGCGCAUGGCGCAGCUGGACGCGCCCACCGUCCGCCUCAUACGCAAGGGCCCGUGCUACAUCAAUUUUGACCGCUUCCCUCAGGACCAGACCAAGGCCGAUGAGGAGUUCUCAGGUUGGGACCGAGACUUCUAAGCGCAGCCGAUUACCAUGUCGUAACUCAGGAC